AUGGCGGCUGGGGAACCUGGGGACUUGGGCGGCUACUACUUCAGGUUUCUGCCUCAGAAGACCUUCCCAUCUCUGAGCGCCUCAGACACCACCAGCCGGCUCCGCCAGUGGUCCAUGCUGGGCAGAAUCAAGGCCCAGGCGUUCGGGUUUGACCAGACCUUUCAAGCCUAUCGGAAGGAUGAUUUCGUUAUGGCUUUUUUCAAAGACCCAAAUGUUAUUCCAAAUUUGCAGUUACUUUCAGAUUCUUCUGGACAGUGGAUUACAUUAGGAACUGAAGUGAAAAAAAUUGAAGCUAUAAAUGUUCCUUGCACACAGCUUUCAAUGUCAUUUUUUAAUCGGUUAUAUGAUGAAGAUAUUGUACGAGACAAUGGUCAUAUUGUUAAGUGUUUAGAUUCUUUUUGUGAUCCAUUUCUCAUUUCUGAUGAGUUACGAAAAGUUUUGCUAGUGGAAGACUCUGAAAAAUAUGAAGUAUUCAGGCAACCAGACAGAGAAGAGUUCCUGUUUUGUCUUUUUAAACAUCUUUGCCUUGGUGGAUCCCUUUGUCAGUAUGAAGAUGUGCUUAAUCCAUACCUGGAAACAACAAAACUUAUCUAUAAGGAUCUGGUGAGUGUUCGAAAGCAUCCUCAAACCAAGAAAAUACAAAUUACUUCUUCUAUCUUUAAAGUCACAGCCUAUGAUUCUACUGGUGUGUGCUACCCUUCAACAAAGAACCAUGAACAGACAUUUUCUUAUUUUAUUGUGGAUCCUAUCAAGCGUCAUGUUAAUGUUUUAUACCAUUGUUAUGGUGUAGGGGAAAUGUCUUAA